ACCAAUAAGAAUGAAGAUAAUCCAGCACCUGCAAUAAUGAUGACUGGAGGUGACGUAGAAUCACUUCCUCCACUAUCAUCACUACUACCCAUUCCUCCGCUUCCAUCGCCAUUAUUACCACCACCCGGUUCUAUAAAUUCUAUACUAAACAAUAUAAUAAUACCAAAAGAUUUACCAACGUUGGUAAAUCAAGAUCAAUUAUCGCUUUCAUUUACAAACCCUAUCAUCCAAACCCCUGGGACUCCACCGCCAAGGCCUAAUGUCAAUAAUAUACAGAUUACUCCUCAAAAGUUGGUGCUUUUUAAGGAAUCCGUUACCUAUCUACAAAAUCAUAUAAAGAUAAAUGUAAAUGAUCAAGGAAUGAUCAUAAAAGACAAUCAUACUUCGGAAGAAAUCUCUGGUAUAAUUCGUAAUUGGCUCAUAAUGGCAUUAACGUCACCGAAAGAGGAGUUUGUAAAAGCUAUCAUGACUCCUUUAAGCUCAGAAGCAAGUCCAAAAGAUUGUGAUUUUUGUCAAAUUUGCGAGCUUAUUCUUUAUGAUUUUUAUUUUAUGACAAAGAAGGGUCCUUUAAAAAGAGAUAUUGGUGAGCAUACGUAUAUUGUUGAAAGGAUCAUUCCCCUGUUCAAAUCAAUUCAAUCAGUAUAUAAUGAAUACAAAUUUCAUUGGAUCGAAGUUGAAUUGGAUUGUAUGAGGGAAGUGAAGAAGAUAUUCCCCAAGUUUGAUUUACCUAUAUACCAGGCUGAUGGUCUUGGAGUACGGAAUUCGAAAGAUUCAGAAAAGCUUCCGAAAGAAGCUGUAUUUGGACUUGUUUCCCUAUUACGAAAUUAUUUGGAUAAAAGUGUCGAAGAAUCGAAGCAAUUAUACACGUUCAUGAUUCAGGGCAUUG